AUGAUCGCAUCAGCAUACAACGACCCCGAAACCGUUAUCGGAGCCAUAUUCGGAACGGGGUGCAACGGAGCGUACAUGGAGAACGUCGGCUCUAUAAGCAAACUGAAAACAGACCUGCCCCCCGAGACACCCAUGGCCAUCAACUGCGAGUACGGAGCCUUCGACAACGCCCACAACGUCUUGCCGCUGACAAAGUACGACCACAAAAUCGACAAAGAGUCCCCCAAGCCAGGCGAGCAGGCUUUCGAGAAGAUGAGCGCUGGCGAGAUCUACCGACAAGUCGUCCUCGAGCUGUACGACAGAGACAUCCUCUUCAAAGGCCAAGACGCCACCAAACUCAGAGCGCCAUACGUCCUCGACACCGGCUUCCUCUCCGCCCUCGAAAACGACACGAGCAUAGCCAUGUCCACGACCCGCAAAUCCUUCAAAACCGUCCUCGGCUUCGAAGCCUCCGCCGAAGAACUCAUCUUCUCCCAACGCCUCGCCGAAGCCAUCGCCGUCCGGGGUGCUCGACUUUGCACUUGCGGGAUCGCAGCCAUCUGUCGCAAGAAAGGCAUUAAGUCCGGGCACGUGGCGGCGGAUGGGAGUGUAGCGAACAAGCAUCCGACGUUUAAACAGCGCUGGGCGAAGGCUUUGGGGGAGGUGUUGGGUUGGGAUGAGGAUAGGGAGGGUGAUCCGAUUACGAUUACGAGUGCGGAGGAUGGGUCGGGGGUGGGGGCCGCGGUAAUUUCGGCGAUGACGUUGAAGAGGGCGCAGGAUGGCGAUAUGGCGGGGAUUAAGGAGAGUUGA